AUGAAGACUACCGUACUUCUGAUGCUCCUCCCACUUCUUGCAACUGCUGAAAUGAGAUGGUCUCUACGUAUCGAAGGAAAUCUUGCCUACGAUGGAUCGGAAAAGAUUGCCCAACAAUUCCUGGACAGUUUCCAUCGAGCUGUUCGUUCCGGGGUCCGGGAGGUGAUUGCAGCUCAAUUUGUGGAUCAGAUUUUUUUCAUGUCCUGUGAGAAAGUUGGAAAUGGUGAAUCUAUAGGGGAUUACAAGCACUAUAAUAGAUCUACCCUCGUCGAUUACUUGGUCAACUAUGGUUCCAACGUCACCAUGGAACUUGUCAACUGUGCUCAAGGCAGUAAAUUUGAUCACAAAGCUCUUCCAACCAUCUCCGCGUCUAUGAUUGUCAGAGGAAUCGGAGAGCCAUUCCUUGUACCCGCAAUGCUUCUCAUUGUCGAUGGAAAACCAUUGUAUUGGGGUUCAGAGGUAUCGUAUUGUAAAUUCGGAAGACCUUCUGAAACAGUGGGGGACGGAUCGAUGAGCGUGGUUUAUGACUUCUUGGAGUCUUUCGGGAAUGCUAUGAAGAAUCGACAAAAAACGGAAAAUUUCGGCAGAGCAAAGAUUGCUGAGCACUUUUCAGAGAAGUGGGUCAUAAAUAAUUGCACGUCGAACUUUUACAAAGAGGACACUGUCUUUGCACUCUCCACAUUAAUUCCAACGAACUAUAUUAGAUUCAUAUUGAGUCUCUAUGAAAGUCAAUAUGUGAAUUCGGAAAAAAGGAGCAUUGCAUUCAAAGCACAAUUUGUGAACUUGCCUCCGUUCGAUAGAAAGCCGUGGAUUUAUACAAUUGAAAAAGAUAUGAAGGAUGGGAAGUUCAAGUUGGCUCGAACUAAUUAUUAUUGCUCGAACUAA